GCCGAGCGGCUGGCCCCGGCGCCGACUGCGGUGGACCGAGAGGCUGGAGGAUGGACCUGCCGGGGCUCGUUCGCACCCUUUCCCUGCUGCUGGCGUUGCUGCUGCUGGGCUCUGCGCGCGCCUUGCGUAAUGCCUCCCAGAAGACCUUCAAGAUCGACUACAGCCGCAACUGCUUCCUCAAGGAUGGCCAGCCGUUCCGCUACAUCUCGGGCAGCAUUCACUACUUCCGCGUGCCCCGCUUCUACUGGCAGGACCGGCUGCUGAAGAUGAGGAUGGCCGGGCUGAACGCCAUCCAGGUAUAUGUGCCCUGGAACUUUCAUGAGCCCCAGCCAGGACAGUACCAGUUUUCUGACGACCGUGAUGUGGAACAUUUUAUUCAGCUGGCGCAUGAGCUGGGGCUGCUGGUCAUCCUGAGGCCCGGACCCUACAUCUGUGCAGAGUGGGAGAUGGGAGGGUUACCGGCUUGGCUGUUAGAGAAGGAAGAUAUCGUUCUUCGUUCUUCUGAUCCAGAUUACCUUGCAGCUGUGGACAAGUGGUUGGAAGUCAUUCUGCCCAAGAUGAAGCCUCUCCUCUACGAGAAUGGAGGGCCGAUUAUAACAGUGCAGGUUGAAAAUGAAUACGGCAGCUAUUUUUCCUGUGACUAUGACUACCUGCGUUUCCUGCAGAAGCGUUUCCACUACCACCUGGGGAAUGACGUGGUUCUGUUCACCACCGAUGGCGAAAACGAGAAACUUAUGCACUGCGGGGCCCUGCAGGGGCUGUAUGCCACUGUGGACUUUGGACCAGGUGCCAACAUCACAAAUGCCUUCCUAAUCCAGAGGAAGUAUGAGCCCAAAGGACCCUUGAUCAACUCUGAAUUCUAUACUGGCUGGUUAGACCACUGGGGCCAACCUCACUCCACUGUCAAGACCAAAGCAGUAGUGUCCUCCCUCCAGGAUAUACUUGCCCGAGGCGCGAAUGUGAACUUGUACAUGUUUAUAGGCGGGACCAAUUUUGCCUAUUGGAAUGGGGCCAACCUGCCCUACCAAGCCCAGCCCACCAGCUACGACUACGACGCCCCACUGAGUGAGGCAGGGGACCUCACCGAGAAGUACUUUGCUGUGCGAGAUGUUAUUCGGAAGUUUGAAAAAGUACCAGAAGGUCCUGUUCCUCCGUCCACACCGAAGUUUGCAUAUGGAAAAGUUGCUCUGAAAAAGUUAAAGACAGUGGAGGAAUCUCUGAAUGUUCUGUGUCCCACGGGGCCUAUAAAAAGCCUUUAUCCCUUGACAUUUAUCCAGGUGAAACAGUAUUUUGGGUUUGUGCUGUACCGAACAACACUUCCUGAAGACUGCAGCGACCCAACGCCCCUCUCUGCACCCUUCGGUGGGGUCCACGACCGGGCCUACGUCUCCGUGGAUGGGGUCCCCCAGGGAGUCCUUGACCGAAGCUUUUUGACCACUCUGAACAUAACCGGGAGAGCUGGAGCCACUCUGGACCUUCUGGUGGAGAACAUGGGACGUGUGAACUAUGGCCAUUAUAUCAAGGAUUAUAAGGGUCUGAUUUCUAACCUGACCCUGAACUCCAGUAUCCUCACCAACUGGAUGAUCUUCCCCCUGGACACUGAGAAUGCAGUGUGCCACCUGGAGGGCUGGCAGGCCAAUCCCAGAAGCUGCCGUCGGGAAGCCUGUGCCCACAGCUCGUCUAACUAUACACUCCCGGCCUUUUAUGUGGGAAACUUCUCCAUUCCCAGUGGAAUCCCAGACUUGCCCCAGGACACCUUUAUUCAGUUUCCUGGAUGGACCAAGGGUCAGGUCUGGAUUAAUGGCUUUAACCUUGGUCGCUACUGGCCGGCACGGGGCCCCCAGAUGACCUUGUUUGUGCCACAGCACAUCCUGGUGACAUCAGCCCCGAACACCAUCGUAGUGUUGGAACUGGAGCGGGCACCCUGCAGUGACGAUCUCCCAAAACUGUGCAUGGUGGAGUUCGUGGACAAGCCGGUUAUCAGUGCAACGAUGACCUACAGCCGUCUCCUGCGACACCUGCCUGAGCAAAACUCAUGACAGGACCCUGUGAUGGCUAAAGCCUGGGACCCUUGGAGCGCUAGGCUCUCACAUACCUCACACACCCCCUGGCAGCGGCAGCAUUCGCUGGAGAGUGCAAUUAGAAAACAGAUUUUGCUUGUGCAUUUCACCCGAGGUUUUCCUGCAGCUCUGCAGCGCUGACCCACCCCUGGCAAGGGCCACCGUGGCCGCGUGAUGGGGGUGGUAGCACAGCCGAACACAGGUGUCUCUGCAGAGUCAGCACAGAAGCUUUCGAGGUGUGUCUGAUUUUUACUUUGGAAGAAUCGUGUUGUCUUUUUGUCAAAUGAAACUUGCAUUUAUGAUUUUACUGGUUUUGACGUUGAGAAGACAUUAAAUUAAAGGUUCUGAUUUAAAUUGUAACUAGAUUGAGUGGGCUGAAGAAGCCACUUCACUCACGGUUCAAAGACUUGGAAAAUCAUCUUGGUUUGAUUUGGUGGACUGCUGCUUUUCUGCAACUUGUUUAAAGUUCCAUCUCACCAGGCCGGUGUGGCUCAGUGGCUGAGUGUCAGC